AGAGAAAGAGCCAAGAGGACGAGCAAAUACAUUUAAUCGCUUUUAUGGUUUCAGGGGGGAAAAAGCAUUUAGAAUUACUUUGUGUAUUUAUGUCUAUUCGACAGAGCAUUGUAAACAAAUGAGUUUUUAUCUAUCUAUCUAUCUAUCUGACUAUCUAUCUAUCUAUCUGUAUAUCGAAGGAUUUUGUGGAUUCAAGGCUUGUUAACGUUUGUUUGUUUGUUUUUGUUUACAUUUAUGAUAAACCCUUUAUGCUUUAUCACCAUGAGCCUUUUUUUCCCAUCUUACUGGUCUUUUAACACUUUCAGUCAUUUUUAUUUGUUUUUGUUUUUUUCCCCACACUUUUAAACAUUCACAGAAGAGGAGAAGUUAGGUGAUGACACUUUGUAAAGAUACCUAAAGGAUUGUGUGCUGAUUUGAGAUUGAUGUAUUAAUGGUUUCCUUUGCAUCAUUACCUGGACAUUUUGUAUUUGAAGCUUUAGAACGUUACUGGAGAAAUAACACUCUAGAAAUCCAAUUAGCAUAAUUUUGGAACGAAAGUCACUUUUUAAUGAAUAUUCAAGAGCAGUAAACGUACUAAUUUGUACUUAUGCCGCACAACAAACUUUAUUAGCUGGCGUUAAUCAUACACACACAGUCUUUAAGUCUAAGGUAAGAAGUGUGUUACACAUGAUAGGCUGUGUUACAUGAAAAACAAGGUUGUGAUUACAACAUGGUCGAAUGGAGAUGGAUACUGUGACAUAUGUGAGGGUUGGAGGAGGGGAGAGACAUUUAAACAAACCGUUUACUUGUUCUGUCUGUACUUUGACUUCUUGGCCCUGGUUCCCUUGCAAAACGGAUCUGAACAGGCAUCACCUGGAUGAAUCAAGUCAAUGAAAUAUAUUUGAAUGGACUGGUCACUGAGUUAUUAAAAAGACGUCAGAUUUUAUGUCUUUUUAAAGCCGACAUUGGGAUAUGUAGGUUAAGCUGAGAUGGAGCCUUAAAACAGGCUUAAGAGUCUUUUCAGCCUGCACUAACAGGCAUUCUUGUGUGUGACACAGGCUGGAGUUGUAAAUGCCCCAGGUCUUUCUCUAGUGAAGAGGGUAUUUCUCAUCAGUGGACACAGCACAGAGGCUUUGUGCUCCUCAGCUAAAUUGCACAACUCGCAUUACACAGAAAAUGCCACUCUACUGACACAGCCUAAUUUUGUAAACUACAUCGGUACAUAAAUGUAGUCCUGGUUUAUUUAAAACGGGAUCCUUCUUGGCCGAGUUGUUAUAUACUUCAUGGCAACAUCCACGGCUCUAUUGUUCGCUGUUUGUUUUGUAUGGAGAGGCUAAUAUAAGGAAUGAAGCAUCUGUUCUGCUGAGCGUUCUGAUGUGCCGCUCGUCUCUUCUGGGAAAUGCAGCUCGCCACUCUGAUGCAUUCACUUGACAGCUGCUUGAUUCUGUGGAGAUGCUUGGAAACCAUUAGUGGAAAUGAAUUGCAACCUCCCCCUGCCUUUUUUCCCCCCCUCAUUCAGAGGCUUGCUCCCUCACUAAGGCACACGCACCCACACUCCUCUCUCAGUUUGUAGUGCAAACAAAUGGCCAUUGUUGCUUUUUGUGGUACAGCAGCUGAACACAAAAGAAGGUCUUGAUAUACUUGGUGUAGUACCUCAGCUGAAGAGAGCGAAGGAGAGAAAAGUAGAGCUGUCAGGGCUUGUUUUGUGGUUGAGAUGUUUCCCAAGGAAACUAUGCAGUAGUUUUCCAGACAAAUGAGGCUUUGAUAUCCAACAUCCAGCUCAAUAUGAACCUAUUAACAAUAAACACGAAUACUUGAAAGUUCAAAGUGGGUUGACUUUUUAUGGGUUUGUUCUGUAGGAUACUUCAUUUGCAGUAUCAUGAAAACAAAUCAGUCGUUCUGUUUCAAAAGUAAUGGUAAAUAUAAGAGGCCAUGUGGUUAUAUGAAAAGAUUAUGAUAUUUGUAUUAUGACGGGUGGCAUAAUGCAAAUAGAUGAGCCUUUACUAUCCAAAGGUUGAUUAUUUUCCAAUUACAGCACAUCCUAGAGUGUUAUACUCCUCAUAUAUUCCCACAGGCAUUUAGCAUUGAUUAUGUUUGUAUUUUAUUUACUGCUGUUGAACGUCUGUGAGGCAAGUUAAUUCCUGUUACACUUCCACUGAAAUUAUAACGGCUAUAAUCCGUUGUUCUUUCAGAGUCUCUUGAAGUUAAUAAGAUGACAAGUUUGUCAAGUUACUGUGAAAGUGCAAAGACAGAACACGCAGUAACAGUUACUGGAGACUCUUUCCAUAAAUGUUGAGUAAACAUCAUCUUCUCUUUCAUCCACUCAACAAUUUCUACACCUUUUAUUAGGUCACAACACUUAUUAUAAGCUGUAGGUUAUGUGUUAAGUGUCCACAAGUCCUUGUGAAUUGCUUGUUACAAUAGAAAAUAUAAUGGAUUUAAAGCAGCACAUUUAAUAUAAACGUGCGAUUUUAAAUUCCAGAUAGAAAUAGUGUCUGUGCUGCUGUUCUAGAAAAUGAGUCCCAUUUUGACUAGUCAGAAUCAAGAAUCCAACAGUGCCAAGUAAAAGUAAGUGGCUAUUAGUUUAUGCAAAGCAGUAAAGGUUUACUUUGGAAUCUAGUUUAUUAUUUACUCAACCUAAAGAGCCAACACACCAGUGGUGUAGAUGGGUGAUACAAAUGCUGACGAAUGAACGCAAUCCAGUGUUUUUCUUGAGAAUGCUUUCGGAAUAUGGAAACACAAAUGCUCUACUGGAAAUUCAAGGACUGUGCUCAGUUAUUUAAGAUUAAGAAAAAUAACAGGGUCAUGGUGACCUCAGAAUGCCACACAGAGAGCUUUUGUGAGUCCUCUUUAAAUGAGGAAUACAACUUGUACCGCCUUCAAGCAACAGUUAAAAAAAAUUGUCACGUGCUGGCCACCAUGUUCAGGUCAGCCAUUACUGGGUUUUGAAUGUAUGCAGAUCUUUAUUUUGUUACUGUUUGUACCCAAGACCAUGCUCAACCAUGUUUGCCUUAUAAUGACUGCCCAUUUCUUGCAAUGAGAAAACAAUUCAGUUGGAUUGUGGGGCAUUACCUAUGAGCAUUUAUGUGGUCUUUUAAAAGGAAACAUGUUUGGUUUUUAUAUAGAUAUCCUGAGCUUUGAUGAAUGAGUCAUGGGCAUCUUGAGAUCAGGGAUAAUAAAAUGAAUCUGGGCAGAGGAUGGUGUGUCAUUAUUUAUUUUCUGUGCUCAUUUUUUCCAUUAUGGGGUGGAUUUAUUUAAAAAACAAAGAAAAAAGGUGUUAGCCUUGUUGAACCCAUCAGUAAAUAUGGACGCAUGUUCUCAUUAAUCAGAACCAUCACCUUUUAGCAAAGUUUCAGGGUGGCACAAAUGUAGGCAAAGCCCAAGAACUAAAUAAUUAACUUCCAACCUUAUUUUUUUUAAUAUAUAUUUUUUUAGAUUUGCCUCAUGUUCAGCUCUCUAUCAGAGACAGGUGACACUUUCUGAUUUAGCAGCUGUUGUUGUUAAAGGUGCUUUAUUAGAAAUGCAGUGGGGUGAUUAUUCUUUCUGUUGUCACCUUUCCAUGUCUCAUCGUUCUUAUCUGUCUAUUUAUCUGUCUAGCUGUCUCUCACCUUUCAUUUUGAUUGGCUGUGAUGUUUUGGGAGUUGAAGCAGAGUUGCUGCACUGAUGAAGACCUCCUACUGUGUAAAUGGGGGUGAUGUUUGAAAUGCCAGUAGUUUGGGCUGUUUGCCCGCCUGCUACCCUCCAUUAGCACCCUGAAGCGGAAGAGUGUGUGCUGUACUCACAAGAGCUGACGGGGGAGAGGGAGAAAGAGCAGUGUGUUGAGUAAGGUCUUGCAUAUUCAUAGCCAAGGGACAGCUGCUUUCACUGGAAGCACCAGAAUCUCACUAGUUAUCAUAGACACAUAGGCACACGCACACACACACAGUGGCUGUGCAUCUGCAAGCAAGCCCCGUCUUAUUUAUUGAUCUCUCUGCAUUUAAAAUUUGGUCACUGCUGCCACAGAGCGUCUCCAUUUUAGCUGUGUUUGCAGCUGCUGCUGCAGACAAGUGAUUUCCCCCCCCCCCCAAACGCAACAUGAAACAAGUGAGGAAGGGUAUGAAGAAAGUCUGUCCUUGAAUGACUGUGAGGCAAAGAGACAAAGAGCUUGGGCCAUAUGCAAAACAUAGUAUGCACACUAUGCACUCAGUUUAUCAGUCACAAAUUAAUGAAGUUUUUAGGCGUUUAAUGACUGGCUGGAGUCUCUGUACACCCUUGACACCAUCCAGUGGUCAGAGGACUGUGGAUAAAUGGCCAGUAACAAUGCUGUAUAUGCUGGAUGCUGGAUACGAAGGCAUGAUGUUUUCCAAUCAAAUUAUACCAUAUACCAUAGUGAAUAAACUAUCAAAUCUGCUUCACACGUUUUUGUGGUUGUAAUCCUUGUGUACCACAUUGUCAUUUCCCUUAAAUCACAGCUAGCUAUCCCUGGUCUUGGAGUAACCCUGGAGUAUAUUUUAGUGAUUUUUACUGCUCUAAUAUACCUACAGUUAAUUAUCUGAUUAGUCAAAUUAGGUGAGUUAAACCAGGAAAACACCAAAAAUGUGAAGUACCGCAGGACCUGGGUUUCAGUUGUUAUCUUUAAAUAAUCCAUAGAGUCCCAUGGCUGUAACAUUAGCCAUCGUUGCGUGUGUGACACUUCAAAGACCUUUUAGUCAGAGGCCUAGCUCUGACCUUUUGUGCUCCCCCACGGCUCCAAAACUGAAACGGCUGAACAGAACAGAAAUAAGACUCCUGCAUUAUUUCGUUCUCACUCUCUGUAGACUGGCCGUGGUGAACUGGCAGGAAAGGGCUGUCGUGUAGAAGAGCAUUUUAAUGGGAGAUGUUUUCUCUGUUCUUUAUUGAGGCUGGUAUUGAUGUGCUGCUGCUGGUUGUUGUGCUUUGAUGGAAAUCUCCUGAGCACCUCCAGGCUCGCGUGGCUCUUCGACACAAGGCACAUAUUUAGCCCUAAAUAAAGCAGGCUGCAAGUGAGCGCUUGCAUUACUGGUUUUUGGGAAGCAAUACAUUAGGCUUUAAAGGCUUCCUGUAGUCGACAGCUAUUACUUGAUGGAGCAAAUUAGCCUUUUAACAAAUCAUACUGUGUGUGUGUGUGUGAGAGAGAGAUGAGCAUCCUGACCUAAUGUGCAGUCUGCGAUAAUUAAGGAUUGAGAUGUGAGAACAACCUAUUGCUGACUUUCAAAAUGAAAAUCCAUCAAAUAAUAUAAAUUAUGAUAUUAUGGGUCUCGCUGCAUCCUGAUAGUUAGAUGUUGCAGUAAAAAGCCCUGCUUUAAUUUUUUACCAGCUGUAAUUAUGUGCUUUGGUAUCGCAACCAGUAAUUUGUAAAUGUUGAAUGAAAGCAGAUGCAUUAAUUGUGAUUCCUCAUUAUAAAGUGAACUUUGUGAUGCUGAGCGGUUGUAUUGCAAGCUUUGCACACAUGAAAUGUAGAUGAGUAGCACAACUGCAGAUUUAUGAAUUUGAUUAUAGAUUUGCAGUUGUAGCCUGAUGAGGUUUCUAAUCAGCGGUGUGAUCUAAAGAAAGGCUGUGUUAGUUCAAUUAAAGUGGUAUUGUUAGUGCAGCCACAAAUAGCACAUCUCGUGAUACCUACAGCUACUAUAGGUAGUGUCUGUGUGUGUAAAUAAGGUGUAAUGGUGCUCACGGGAGGGUAUAAAUACACCCCAGCAGUGCGGAAGCACGCCCAGAUGGAUCUGUGUUUAAUGAAAAUAAGGCAAAGCUGCUGGCUCACCAGAAUGUGUCAGAAGGGGAGGACAAGCUGGCAGUCGUGCUGAUAACCUCCUGCCUCAUCUAGAGUUCGAGAAAGCUGAGAAGGAAACAAAAUUAUUCUCUCAGUGGGUAUUCACCACCGAAGAUGUGCUUUAAUCAUGGAAUAGGUUUGAUCUGUGUCCAGGAAACUCUGGCACUGAUCAAAUAUUACUGCAUUGUGCACUUUUAUUAAUCAUAAGUGGGAAGUUUCCCCUCUUUUAACAAUGGACUAGUCACUAUGAAUAACAUGCUGAAUGUAUAACCAGAAUAUCUAUUGUUUUUCAAAUGCAGUUUUCAUGUAACUUGAUCUUUUGUGUUAUUGUAUCUUCAUGCUCAGUAAUACCGUACCGAGCCUAUUGUCUUAACUAUAAUUGUGAUACCUAAUUUAUAGUAAUAGAUCUCUCUUUUUCAGUUCUUGUUCAUUUCAGCAUGCUUAGAUCUUUUUUGAUCUUUCAGGGCGGAAAAAGAUGAAUAACUAACCCAGAUUAGAAAGAUGAAUAACUAAUCCAGAUUAGAAAGAUGAAUAACUAACCCAGAUUAGAAAGAUGAAUAACUAACCCAGAUUAGAAAGAUGAAUAAAUAACCCAGAUUAGAUGAUCAUGUUGAUAAGAGUGUGUGUGUGUGAGAGACCAUAUUUUACAGGUUGUGGAUUACUCAUGUUCCUGCACUGAAGUUCACUUCUUAUUAAUCACUAUGGAGUCUGGCGAGAGACUGCCAUCCUCCACCCACUCCCAGCCAUCUAUCAGCUCUUCUGCCACGCCUCCAGCUUCAUCACCAAACAUAACAAGCGAUAGUGGACAUUUGUUUCAGCUGGUUAGUGAUCCAGGUUUUAGAGCGUCUUUCCCCAUGUUGAGCCAUCCAGCAUUCAGACUGUACGCUCCUCUAUCUGGAUGCUCCGAUUUCAGAGGCCUGGGGAUUUUGGGAUUGCAGGGAGGCUUAACAUCCCACCCACAACUUGGAGCAUUUCCAGACUGGUGGCGGGCUUCCGAUGCACAACUCCAUGGAGCUGCAGCACUCUUUCCUCCUCUCCUGGGUCUGCCUCCUCUAUUCACACCUCCAUCACUGAGCCAGUCACACACUCCCAAGAAGAGCACACGUGGCUCUGCUAAAGGGUUGAAUGGUGCAGUCAGUGGCAAUGGCAAAGCAAAAUCUGCUUCCUCUGGAGCAAGCUCUACCUCCUCUUCACCCUCACCAGCCUAUACAACCUCUGAACAGAGCAGCACACUGAAAUCAAGUCUGAACCCUCAAAAUAAAACCACCAAAUCCAACCUCAGCCACUGCAAGACUGAACAGUCAGCCACCAAUCCUCCAAACUGGAGCAGGAAGCAGAAGAUCAAGACGGAUCAAGUCCAAGAGAAAGCCAGCCACAAAGCAAAAGAGAAACUCUGUAUGACUGUGGCAGAGAUAUCCAGCAACAGUGAUAGCCAAUCAGGAUCCAGUUCUGACAGCUCUAGUGACACACUCAGCAGUUUGGGUUCUGUCGACCUGGAGAAUGAAGAUGAUGAUGAGGAUCUGAGUGUAUGCAGCGUAGACUCAGACUCCCAGAGACGACACAGAGUGAACAGGAAGGUUAAGGACUCCUCACAGAUGGACAAAGCUACAUGCUGCUUUUCUAAUAGACUGGAUAUGUGCUCUAUGGACCUAACCCAAUCCCAGGCAGCUCCAUUACUCUUCCGCAGCUCAGAAACCAGAGACGAGCACAGCAAACACACUAGUGUCAUCCAGGCUACAGGAGCAGCAGGCAGCACCAAGGCUUUCUCAGUUUCUACACAACCCAACCAAGAUGCCUUUUCCAAACCUUUGUGUCUGACCUUGUCUCCCAAACCUUCCUCACAAUCGUCUUCUCCAAAAACUCUCUCUAUGUCCUCAUCUCCAAAGCGUUGCUCUCUCUCUGCAUCUCCAAAACCACUUUCUCAAACACGUUGUCCAAAGCCAACAUCUCUUUCCUCCUCUCCCAACACUUCCAAUAUCACCUCCUCACCCAAACACUCCUCUAUAACGAAAGCCAGGAGUUCUCAAGAUGAGUCCUUCUUGCACAUCAGUGACAAACAGGCAAAGGAACACCAAGAAGCAAAUAAAUCCCUGAAGAAGAGUUUUUCGGCCUCCUCACGAUCACCUCAGAAUAGCCCUAAGCUCAAAUCCCCCAAACCCCAGCACUCUAACCUGUUUCUCACCUCCACCCUGCUGAAGAACACUCCCCAUUUUAAUGGAGUUGUUGAGAGUACUGUGCAGGAUGCUCCCCUGGCACUUAUUACCAAACCUCGCUCAGACAGCUCUAAAACCCCAGAUAAGCCUUUACUUGCAGCCACCAGUCCCUGCUUUAACACCCCUAUCAACCUGAGCACUGGAGCUAGACAGUCUUACUCCGGACCUCCCACCUCGGACCAAGCCUCCACACAGCGAGAGUCAUACAGGGUGAGCACAGGGUCACUGCUCCAGGGAAAAAUGUUCAGGGAAAUGGAGUCUGACAUUCCCAGCAGCAAAGACUCAGAUGAUUCAGGGGAGUUUGAUGAUGAAGAGGAAGAUUUAAGUGACAGUCUGUCAGACUCUGGUAGUAACCUGGACACUGACUCUGAUAAUGAUGAAGAGGAUAUCAAAGAUGAAGAAAUGGAUACUGACACAGAGAGCCACACACUGAACAUGCCACUUAAACUCACAAAAAGCCCAACUUCUUUAACGGGCCCUUCAACUGGCAAGAUCAACAGGUCCAGUUCACUUAACCUGCCAAUUCAUAAAUCUGCUAAGAUUCUGCAAACUGUGAAUAGAUCCUGGGCUCUGACCUAUCACAGCCCCUCAAGCUCAUCAUGUGUGACCACACCCCCAGCAAAAAGAAGAAGAGUGACAGAUGAGCAGGCACUGCGUAGGCCUCUCGAACAUGGGUGGAAAAGAGAAACCCGCAUAAGAAAUAUCUGCGGGCGUGUGCAGGGAGAAGUGGCCUACUAUGCUCCCUGUGGAAAAAAACUCAAGCAGUACCCAGAUGUUAUGAAGUACUUAGCAAGAAAUGGAAUAAAUGAAAUCACACGUGACCAUUUUAGCUUCAGUGCUAAAAUAAGGGUUGGCAACUUCUAUGAAGCUCGAGAAGGACCUGAGGGUUUGCAGUGGUGCUUGCUGAAAGAGGACGAGGUUGUUCCUUGCAUCUUGGCAAUGGAGACACAUCGAGGACGUCCUAAGAGUCUGGAGCUUCAGCGUACUGAUGAUCCCUUCCAUUCUCACCAAAGGAAAAGAAGACCAACUAGUUUGGGUGACACUGACGUGGCUAAUGCUACAUUGAUUAAACUACAGCGGAAACUAGAGGCACAGGAGAUUGCACGGCAAGCUGCUCAGAUAAAGAUGAUGAGAAAGUUGGAAAAACGGGCUCUUGCACAAGCUGCUAAAGAGGCCAAAAGACAGAAAGCCCUGCUGGCAGCAGAGGAGAAACGCAAGCAGAAAGAGCAGCUGAAGAUUCUGAAGCAGCAGGAGAAGGUCAGGAGACUUGAACAAAUGCGUGUCGAGAAGGAGCUUCGAGCGCAGCAGAUACUCGAGGCAAAAAGGAAAAAGAAGGAGGAGGCCAUCAAUGCAAAAACGGUAGAAGCUGAGAAACGAAUGAAGGAGAAGGAACUGCGCAGACAACAGGCAUUCAUUCUGAAGCAGCAGGAAUUGGAGAGGCAUAGACUAGAAAUGGUAUGGGAGCGAGAGAGGCGAAAGCAGCACAUGAUGCUGAUAAAAGUUAUGGAGGCUCGGAAGAGAGCUGAGGAAAGAGAACGCCUGAAGCAGGAGAAGAGAGAUGAGAAACGGCUAAACAAAGAGCGCAAACUGGAGCUCAGGAGGCUGGAGCUCGAGAUGGUUAAAGAGCUGAACAAACCCAAUGAAGACCUGUGUCUGCCAGAUCAGAAGGCUCUGCCUGAGCUGUCGCGGUUACCAGGUCUUCUGUUACCGGAUAGCUGUUUUGGCGACUGCCUGAUGGUGAUGCAGUUCCUCCGCUGUUUUGGGAAGGUGCUGCGUUUGGACCGCAAUAUUAAGCUGCCCACCCUUCACAUGCUGCAGGCAGGACUUCUCAACCUGUGCCCCAGUGCAGCUCAGCUGCAGGAUCUGCUCAUAGGCCUGCUUUCUGCUGCAGUGUGUGAUCCAGGCUUUCCACCAGGAUCAAUGGCUAAAACAGCUCUUGGUGAGCAUGUUUCCAGUGUGGAGAUAAACCGAGAGAACAUGUCAGAGAUUUUGCAGAUCUACAUGGCCGCUCACUGCAGUCAGACAGACCUCUCUCUGCUGGUAGAAAGUUUAAAGACAAAAGGCUUUCAGGCACACACCCCAACUCAGAAAGCCUCCAUCAUGGCUUUCUUGGUCAAUGAGCUGGCCAGCAGCAGGAGUGUGGUUGCGGAAAUUGACAAAAGUAUUGAGCAUAUGACAAACCUACGGAGAGAAAAAUGUGUCAUUGAGAGUAGCCUUCGCAAACUGAGAGGCAUCUAUGCUAAGCGGACCGGGAAGCGUGAUAGCAGUGUAGGAGGCGAAGAGAGCCAGGCUUUAGGAACACCUACCAACGGUCACAAACGCAAGAGAAAGGUCGGUGGCAUUGAGGAAGAUGAUGAUGAGGACGAUGACAGUAAUGAUCAAGGAGAGGAGGAGGAGGAUGAAGAGGAAGACGGAGGGAAGAAACGAAAGAAAACUGAGACAUGUGAGGAAGAGGAUGAUGAGGAUCAAACAGCCAGUGUAGAAGAGCUAGAGAAACAGAUCGAGAAAUUAACCAAGCAACAGCUUCUGCUCCGGCGUAAACUGUUUGAGUCCUCACACUCCCUGCAGUCGAUGAUGCUAGGACAGGAUCGCUAUAAGAGACGCUACUGGGCCCUUCCUCAUUGUGGAGGGGUGUUUGUUGAGAGUACAGUGAGUAGAGAGGAUCCACAAGGGGUUCAGCAAGAGUCUGAGAAGUUGCAGAGUACUCAGUGGAUUUCAGUGAAAGAGGAACCCACAGAAAUACCAGCUAAGAAACCUCAUGACAGCCCACAGACUAAGCAUGAAAAUGCUUCUCAGGAUAUCCAGCAGGAGAAUGGCUUGUUCAAUCUGUUCCUGCAGAAGCCAAGCUCUUUUUCCAAACUCAGCAAACUGCUCGAGGUAGCGAAGAAGUCCGGCAGUGAUCCUCAAGGUGUAAUUUCCGCUGUUCCCCACUUACCUUCAAACACUUCAACAGUGUUACUCAACAGCCUCUCUACUAACAUAAACCAGGAAAUAAAAUCGGAGGUCAGCACUCUCCUACUAAACCAUGCCCAUAUAGACAACCUGCAGCAUCCUCUGCACAGUGACCAACUCUAUCGGGCUCUGGCAGAGAAACAUUGUCACUGGUUCAGCCUGCUGCCACGUUCACCAUGUGACAAGUUUACUUUGACAACCAGUUCUCCAAAUCCAUCAUCCUGCAGUGCCAAAGCCUCAUCACCUACAACCAGCAACAGCAUGACCCAGUCUACCUCUGCUUUCUCCGGCAAUAGUCAGAAUACCACCUCUUCUGUCAGCCCCUCUGCUACUGCAUCAGUCAGUAACAUUUUGAUAAAAGAACUUCAGAUGAAAAACAUGAUGGGUCUGCCUUUUUCUCUCUGGCAACCUGAAGCGAUGAGUGCAAAUAUGUCCUUAAAGGGCAUGUUCCCAAGACUAGGGGACCCCCUCUUGACCACCAGUAUGGCCACCAGUAACAGUGAGUCCCCAGUACCAAAGAGUGAGAAAUCUCCUGCUCUAGAAAUGGUCAAAAGCCAGGACUUACCCACCCCACAGCCUAUUCCAGAAGAGAUGCUCACCGGGUGGUGGAGGGUGUCCAGUUCUGAAGAGCUAGGCCGUAUAGUGAGUGCCUGUCACCCGCGUGGGAUCAGAGAAAGACUCCUACAGAAACAAAUCCAGAAACACAUGGAGUUCCUCACUCAAGUCUGUGCCAAGAACAAAGAUGCUGCCGUGAUUGAUGUAUGUGAGCUGGAGCAGAGCCAGGUGUGUGAGGAGACUGUGCAGAGAUGGUGUGUUGAGGAGCAUGCCAUGGAUAUGGACAUUGCUGUGCUGCAACAGGUGGAAGAGCUGGAGCGCAGAGUCACCUCUUCCAGCCUACAAGUUAAAGGCUGGAUGCCCACAGAGCCACAGUCGGAGAGGGAAGACCUGCUCUAUUACGAGCACAAGGCUGUAGGCAAGAAUGAAAGCACAGACAUUGUGCGACGUGCCAAUAACCCACUGGACGUUGCAGUGGUGCGCCUGUUUGAGCUCGAAAGGAACAUCGAGAGAAGGUACCUGAAGAGUCCCUUAAGCACCACCAUCCAGGUCACUCUGGAUAACCGGGGUAUAGUUAGCAUACCGGCUCCAGCAACAACAGCUAGUGCUGAGUGUGAUGGAGGUGUAGAAGAAUUGGCACCUGGGAUGAAGCUGUGGAGGAAAGCCCUGCAUGAAGUGCGUAGUGGUGCCCAGCUUUCAAUCUGUCUGCAGCAGUUACAGCGUUCUAUUGCGUGGGAGAGAUCCAUCAUGAAAGUGUACUGCCAGUUAUGCCAGAAGGGGGACAAUGAAGAGCUGCUGCUGUUGUGUGAUGGCUGUGAUAAAGGAUGCCACACGUACUGCCAUAAUCCCCAAAUCACUACUAUCCCUGAGGGAGAUUGGUUCUGCCCUUCCUGCAUAGCCAAGGCAAGUGACUCGCCUCAGAAGAGUAAGAAGCAGGCCAGUCGCAACAGCGGAGGGGGCGACAAACCGUCUGGAGCCAAACGCAGCAAGAAAGCCUGUGUGACAGGAGACGGCUCAGAGAAUGACACAGCCAGCACCAGUGCCAACAGCACACCCAAGAAAGGAGGAAAGGAGAAAAGGAAAAGAAAAAUGGAGGACAGCGUAUGCACCAACACCACUACGCAGGAAAUUUCUAAAGCAACCCGAGACAACAGUAAAGACCUGGAGCUCUGCAGAUUGCUUUUGGCAGAGCUGCAAACUCAUCAGGACGCCUGGCCAUUUAUGACCCCGGUCAAUCCCAAAUCAGUCCCUGGAUACCGCAAAGUCAUCAAGAAACCCAUGGACUUCUCCACCAUACAGGAGAAACUUUCCAACAGCCAAUACCUGAAUCUGGAGACGUUUAUCAUUGACGUUAACUUGGUUUUCGAGAACUGUGAAAAGUUCAACGAGGAUGAUUCAGACAUUGGACGAGCGGGACACAGUAUGAGGAGGUUUUUUCAGCGCAGAUGGACCGAGCUCUUGAAACGGAUCAACUAAAAUCUACUGAGAGGAAAGUCUCUGACGAAUGCAGUUGACUUUAAAUCUGUGAUCAAGCAAGGCCUCUUCAAAUUUAUCCUUUACCCACUCACAUCACUGGUUUCCAUAAUGAGCUGUACAAGCAGUUCAGCAAGUCCUCAUGGUUGAUAUGGUGCGGUUUGAUGACGUUUCCAAUAAAAUAGGGUGUCUCUUUAAGUGCAAUACAAAUUCUGUUUCUUUACAGAACUUUUAUCAUUUACAGAUGGGACUGAUAAGAACUUUCCACUCUGUAAAAUAUACUCGAUGUUCUCCCCCCCCCCCUUUUUCUAAUAUAAAGUUUACUAUUAUAGUGAAUGUAUUGUAUUUUUUUUUUUUAUUUAUAAUUAAUUUGGUAUUCUUUUUCUAUGAAAAGGAAGAACAUUUUAAAAUGCAUUAAAGCAUUUUUACUGAAAUAUAUAUAUUUAAAAAAAAUGUUUACACUGUUAUGGUGCUUUAAUGGUACCAGGAAACUUGUCACAGUAUUGCUGUAAAACUGAAUUAGCAAAAAAAAUGUUUUGACCAUUGAAGAACAGAGACUAGUAGAAGUGUGUACAUAGUGUCUACAUGUCUAACAAUAUGUAUGUGUGCAAUUUUGCAAACAUGUUCUUUGCCAUUUAUUUUUUUUUCUGUUGUAUGUAAGUAGCAUUACUUUUAAAAUCUUAAUUUAAUGCAGAAAAUGAGAAAGAAAGAAAAGCGAUCAUACUGGGACUGAAUCAAAAUGCCAAAAUACACAAACGUAUGAAUCUAGAAAGAGUUGAAAUUUAGCAUAGCGCGUAAUGUGUUGCGAUAUAGUAUUAAUCUGUGGGGUUGUAAAAGUAUGGUUAAAUCAUAGAGUUGAUGUUUAGGCAUGGAGCAUAGAGAAAGUGUAGCAUUAAGGCAUCUCAUGGCAUUAAUGUGUAGACAUGAGGUUUGAAACAUAGCAAUGAAUCUUAUUUGAAGUACACGUUUUAUUUUUUAGUUCAAGUUGGUGCAAAAUGUUGAUAUGAGAUGUAGCACUUUUUUUUUUUUUUUUUUAAUAAAAAUUGAAACAAAGCAGCUUUACAGAAAUCCAGGUAUAGGUCUUGUUGCUCCAGGUAUAGAGACAACAGGAUCAUGUAAAAAUCUCCAUGAGAACACAUUACAGAGGGGACCAAAAAAAAAAAAACCUUUUCUGGGCAACACUAGAUAUGAUUUGAUAGGCAGGAAGUACAGAUAUUCAUCUGGGGGUUGUGAGAACACAAAACAGGUCAUGGUAAUAGUUUUGGGUGCGUUUGAAGUGUGUCGUGCUUUAAUUGUUCAUAUAGAAUGGAAUUCUUAUGCUACAGAUGAACACUCCUUUCCCAGAAAUGAGUGGAUUAGAGCGCUUUUAAAGAGUGUGCAGUCAUAAAGUGUCAUCGUGGGAGAUAGUCAGUGGUAUAAAUUUAUUAACAUGAUAUGGAAAGUAGUUCGCAUAGAGUACAAGGACAUUCAGAGUCUAUCAGUACAGUAAGUGAUAAGAGACCAGGUGAUGUUAUCCACUGCAUCAGCAAGAUAAGUUAUAAGCAUAGAAGUUCUUGGGUACCUAACGGAGGCUGGGUUAAACAAAACUGCACACAAGAACAAAAUCUUAUUACAGCAUGCAUGCUCUAGUGUUGUUUCUGUGUAAAUGGAGACUCCACCAGGCCUAGGGACGACCGCAUGAAUAAACAGUAGCACCAGGACAAGUACAAAUACUACAACUCCCUGAGACUUAUCCUAUAACGUAUCCUAUGAAGCACCAUCAACAAAUCUGAUGAUUACAUGAGAAAGCUGGUGCAACAGAGCUCUAUGUCUAAUACCUCACAGAUUUUCACAUGGAAUUAAAGCCUAGACUGGAGCUGCCUCUGUAUCCUAAACAUAUUAGAAAGGCUAUUUCAUUGCUGGUGAACUUCAUAGAAAAUAAAGGCUCCAUUCUGGACUAAUUGGAUGCAGCUAUUGGAACAGCCAGGAUUAAAGUAUCUAACCAAAAGUAGUAAAGGUGUAAACUAAUUUAUUCUACAGCAUGUAAUAAUAUAUCCCUGCCUGUUGGAUCUAAAGAUUGUUGUGGCCACUGUGUGCUUAAAAUGACCAUAAAGCAGUUACAGAAGAUAAAUGGAUACAUUCAUUCCAUUCAUUCAUCUUCAGUAAGCACUUUAUCUUGGUCAGUUUCAUGGUGGAACCAGAGGAUCCAGAGCCUCCUGUAAAACUGGAUGGGAAUACACCCUGGAUUUGACUUACUAUAAAGUAGAAACUUCAGCAUACUCAGUCCACUUUCCAGCAUGCAUUUGGGCAGCAGAAGGAAACCAGAGAACCCCGAAAAACCCAACACAGACGCGAGGAGAACAUCUGAAACUCCACACAGAUAGUAACUGGGAUCGAACCUGGAGCUGUAUCAUUGGAUAACUGAAUGUUUUAUAUAUAAUCACUGCUAGAGACUGUUGGCAUCAAUGUUUCAGUGGCUUUUGUUUUUUUUACCGUACUAA